UUGCCAACUCGCGGUACGUCAGCAUCGAGCAUGACGAUGACGGCGGCGACGGUGAUGCUGACGGUGGUCAGCGUAAGCCGCCCAAGCACCUUCACCACCAUCACUGCAGCAGCAGCAGCCGGAACACGACUCCGGGCAUGAGCCGGAAGUGCGACAGUCUGAACAGAAGCAGAAUGAGUCUUCGUAGCGAGACUGCCAGCAGUUCCGGCGGUGGUCAAAGCCAUCACCAUCAUCAUCAUCACCAUCACCGUCGGCAAGCUAGUAGUACCAGCAGCACCAGCUUUCAUGCGAGGCAAACGAGAACCGACGAUGAGGAAACACCGGAAGAGGAAGCCGCUGGCACCACGGCGACGUGCACCGAAGACGAACGCCAUAGGGGAAGUGCUUCGACAAUUCACGUCGAUACCUGCCAUUGUUCGCGGGGUAAUCUCACCACGACGGAUGACGAUGAAGAGAUCCAGCAGUACUUCAUCGUGAACCGUAGCGUGUCCCGUCGACCGUCGAACGUGAGCUGUACGUCGCGGGUCAGUCACCGCAGCAACCGAAGCACCCCGCGUAGUGGCGGAAGCCGUUCCAAGCGGGCUACUCCGCUUAGUGGUGUCAGCUGUUGUUCCCACCAUUCCCAUCAUUCACAGCAAACUUACAGGAGUCGAGGAGGUCACGAGUCACCUUCUUUUCUACACGACAGCGGAUCCAAUGCUACCAUCUCCAACUUCAACAUAAACCCAGCCCGAUUUCAGUGCAGUUACUACACCGCCGACGAGAGCGAAAACUCCUACUGUUCGAUCAGCGGCGAAAACAUAAGACAAAUUCAGGCGCAAACUCAGAUCCAAACUGCUCUAGAAAUGAAACAAAUAGAGUCAGACCAACGACGACACUUUAUGGGGCAAAGUCGUGACCAGUUGUCACGCAUGCAGCCGCUACCACUUCCACCGGCCGAUGGUAGUGACUACAAUGACAGCCAGCAGGAAAACAGCAUCACUGGAUCAAUCCUGUCAAUUAUAGAGAGUACGUCCAGCGAUCAACCUGGUGAGUCCAUAACGACCAGCUCAACGACAUCGACCACGCAACGUCAACUGCAGCAUGUUGGCGAACGAGGUGCCAAGAAAGGGAGCGCCGGCAGUCAAAUGAUCCUUACGCCGUCCAAAAUUACGAUCGAAAACAUUGGCCAACUUUCGGAACUAGCGACCAAUGAUUACGACUUCGACGACAUAGACAUCAACAUUCCGGAGUUGUUUCAUUCCCCGUCGAAAAUCAAGUGGAACUUUCUCGCCGGACUAGACGAAAGCAAAUCGAACAAGUCAAGAAUCAGUUCGAUAUCGAGCUUGGUAGAUGCCGGGAGCAGUGGCCGCGGACGCAGCGGAACCGAAUCCGGUGGAGCCGAUGUAAGUGAGACGGCGAGCGAACGGAGACGAUACGACAGCAGCGACAAUGACUACAGCCCGAAUCGAAUCCAGCACCAACCGCUACCUCCGAUACCGAUACCGACGCCACCUCCGCAGAGUUCAUCCAACUGUAAGAUCGAAGAGCUGCUGAAAAAGUCAUCACCGUCGGCUUCGUCGGAGUUCAAAACCGUCUCAAUUUGGCGUGCGGAAAACGGUGACGAAGCGAAUGCAAUAAUAUUCCAUCACGAGAGUGAGAUAGUGGAAAAUUGCUGCACGAAUCAUUUUUUAGACCACAGUAACUACGACAUCUGCACGGUAGAUAACUGCGACUACCUGAUCAAGAGCAGUGACACACCGAAGAGUGAUAGGAAGGGAAGCUACAGCGAAGAACGGUUGAAUAACUCAGUUGCGCUGUCGUGUUCAUCCGGAAACAAGUUGGAACUGAAGCAGCGAAACGUUUUCACCUCGACGCUAUCGACAACAACAAACACUACUGCGGCGAACGUCUACAGUAUAAUAUCGCCGGAUCUGAAGCGUUUUGAGAAACAAACCAACCUUACUAGGAAUUCGGUGAAUCUUAGCCAGAACUUGUCGUCGGCUUCUUCAACCUCGUCUUCUUCAAUUUUUCUGGGCAGCUACAAUCAAACCUAUCGUAACAUCAAUCAAAACACGAGCGAUGACAAACUGGUUAAUACGGUCACGCCCACGCCCACGUCCAGGCCUCGGUUGAACACAACUAGGUCGACAACCAGCAUUACCAACGCCAACUCCGCCAAUAACACCCUGAACGCAAACAGCGAUAAUCGGCAGCGUUUGGGAAGCUCGGUUUCAUUAAACCAACAGCCGCCGUUCAGUAUCACCGCAUCGACGGCUAACGCGGCCGCUGCUUCUCAGUUCUUCAACAAAUCUUACCACAUCAAUCUGACAGCACAGAACCGACUAUACUUUCACGCCUAUUCCAACCUUAUCCGCGAGCAGGAACAAUGCCAGCAUCACUCACCCUCGCCAGCCCAGUCGGAUCAGUCCAACGGACAGCCGCCACCUCCCUGUGCCCAGUGCCAGGAACUGUACGGCUGUCCACUGUACUUCAGUGGUAAUGCAACCAACGAAGAAAGCACCGGCGGUGGUACCUUCAACGACAUUGCCAACACGAGCAGUAGUGCCAGUCUGACCGGGUCCGGCACUGGACGACGCGCCGGUCUGGGCUCCCGGUCCGCCGGAACGGCACGCUGGCGACGGAACGUAAGCCACUCGCUCCGAAUGAACGGCCUGGUACGAGUCGUACGGACCAGGGCUCGCAAGUGCGCCGAUUACAUUCGCCAGAAGGAGCAGCAGAGCAACAGUCGCUUUCAUCGGCGCCAAAUGAGUUUACUAGAUUUGUGUAGAUGCGAGCGCACGGGUUUUGUUUGUGUAUGUGAGUGUGUGAUGACAAAAUAACAGUGGUUUUCGUUGUCAGCGUAUGUUCUUCGUUAAUCAUUCGUCUAAUCGGUAUUUGUUUUGUUCGGGACACUGAAGGCUAUCACAGUAACACACGGGAGGUGAUUCACAUCGGAAUGUUGCAGUGCUAGCUUAAGAGCAAAGCCUACUUGAAUUAAUUGAUUAAUACGAUGACUGUAUAGAAUAGCGUUUACCGCAUAGAGCAUCUAGUCGAUAAGAGAAUGCACUAGGAAAUUAAAUUUAGACUAAUCAAUAACAAAAGUGUAAUCGGAUGAUCUCGGGGCAUCGUUCGGCCAGCGUUUCCAGACAUUCUGGAAACUGCGAGGUUAACCCAAAUCAACACAACAAUGUAGAGUGUAUGUAUAAAUAGAAUGAGACGCGUGCGAUUGGUCAGUGCGAGCGGAUAUUACUAAGUAGCCAAUACCGUAACUAAGUAACUAAAUAUAUAUAAAGUAAAUUGAUCGAAAUUACGUUUUUGUACACUUUUUGAUAUUUUAUUUUACAAAACCAAAUAUUAACUAAGUAGCUUUGUCUUUGCACAAAUUAAUUAAAAGUUUAGGCGCAGACAAGGGCUCGACAGGCUGAAUUAGAUUCAGUGCUCUUGUUCUCGCAAACAACAGAAGUAAUUGCUCUAAACUGAAGGAGACGUAUGUAUAAAGUGAUAAUUCAGUUUAAUACUAGUAAACAUAGAUAUCUCAAUGAAAAAUAACUAACCUAAAUGUUUUUUAAACGAAGAACCCGAACUGUAUAGAAGAGAAGAAGAGAAAGAAGAAGGAAACCACUUACAAUUUUAAAAAUUGCUGAUCGUCAGAGAAGAAAAAAACGGAACUCAGAUUAAUCUCUAUCCCGAAAAGAUUUUUUUUAAGUGAGAGGUCCUUACAAAGGACGUCCGAUGCAAGAUCGACAAACUAAAAGUAUUACCGUACACAUUAAUUUAUUUAAAUAUCUCGUUCAAAUGCUGAAGGAAUUUAUAGUAAAAAAAACAUUAUAUUCAUAGGUGUCACAAUGACAUCAAUGACAGGAAAGCUGAGUUUUUACAGCACAUUUUACGCCAAAACGUUUAGGAUAACAGCAAAAGAGAAUUUAACGCAAAAAGACCGGAUUUGUAUUUUGAUUUUACAUCGAUUCGAUUAGGUACGUCAAAUUCUAUCUCUAUAGAACAGGUUUGAAUAACAAAAAGGAAAAAACAGAUUGUUUAGUUUAACUGUUUAGGUUGUGAUAUUAGUUCUAAGAUUAAUAUUGUUGAAAGAAAAAAAGUUUACUUCGACGAUAGAACGAAACGGAAUUGUUUCAUUUUUUCUCGCGAUUUUCUGGACUUCAAAAAGCAAAAAUAAAACGUCAACACGGAUAAUAUUUUCAAAAAUCGCGAUAUCGUGGAGAAAUUUUGAAUUCUUUUCAAAAAUUUCUAUCCCAACUCGAUGCAGCUUCAGAUGUGAAAUUUUUUUUCAGUGUGAGUGAAACAAGCGCAACGUCAUUUUUCACAAACUGUGACCACAGAGAACAGACGAUCAUUUCGAGCGUCUUAAUUGUGUUAAGAGGUGAAUACUUGAAUCCUGACACGCUGCUGAGUCAAACUGAAAUGACAACUGAUCAGAUAGUGAACUCAAAACGGCCGAUUUAGUAAUUUCCCUAGUUCGGAUUAUAUUGGUAUGGUGGCGCUAGUAUCUUAACGAGGCUGCAUUCAUAUAUUUCCACAAGAGGUUAUUAUCAUCGGAGUUGUACAAUCCAGGAUCACCGAAUAGUGAACAAAUGUAUUGCAGAAUUCCAGAUUGACCGACCUUGAGCCGUCAGUCGCUAGUCUCCUUGUAUGUCCGCUCUACCUAGAAUCAGGAAUCAGAAUAGAUUGGCUAUUCCGCAUGUUAUUUGGAGAUUUGUGCCUUGCCAUGUCGCGUCAUCAUUUUCUCGGUGGUAAUGGAAAGGUAGGUGAACGAGAAAUGGUAGGGAAAUAGAAACUGACAACACAACACAAGCACAUGAUGGAUUCUUCACGAAGGAAUAACGAACUCUACUGAUAAAGCCUAUAGUUCUUUACCACACUGGGUGAGAAACUAUAGUAUAUCCUUGAAUUUUAACUUCCUGUGCAUAAGUUCAUCUAUGUAUGGAGAAGCUAAAUUCCGGAAAGACAAUUGCAUUCUGCAAAGCAGUUACAUAUCGAACGAUUUGAAGUUCCGUAAGCGGAUUCACAAAGAUCACAAGAAUAAUACUCAGCACGCUGUAUAGUAGCCAUAUGUUAGUUGACUUUGCAAUAUCCAGUCAGUGCCCUGACUAGAAUACUGCAAAUGUGCUUGGAAAAAUGCAACAAUUUCGUUGUAAUUUCCGGGCUCACUUCCAGUAGUAAAGUUUUUGCUUGAACGCAAGUUUUCGAGCUGUGUCAAUUAGGGUUAUGGUACCGGUAAUACCGGUACCGAAAAUCCCGGGAAUACCGACCCAAUUUUGGUACCGUAAUACCGGUACUGAACAAAAGCCAGUACCGGUAUUUUCGAUACCAUACAAUAUUUUCAUGAAAAAUAUGUGGACUCUCUAGGUGGACCUGUUUAAAAAUGACUGGAAGAUGACUUAAUUAUAUUAAAUAUCUUCUAAUCGUUGAGCUAACACCUUUGUGGGGAAAUCAGGUGGGGCCAUCAUCAUAAUAGUUCUAGAAGUUAAACAUUACUAGCUCCCGUUGUACUGAACGGUUUGUUUAAAUUCCUGCACUAUUUUUUUAUUAGCAACAUUAUGAUUGUUUUCCAUUAUUCACUGGGUGGCGCGUAAUAAGACUAUGGUCUAUGUCAUGUCUGUAUUUGGUUUGCUCUUAAACCUUUAUCUAUAAAAGAACGAACAGCGAUUUAGAAGCUAACAAUUUUAGACUUGGUGAACUGUUUCAAAUGUGGCAAUUUGUUAUUUCUUGUGAUCGGAAAAUUCAGCAAAGCUCCAUAGUUUACAGGAAAUCAAGGAGCCUUGGUAUGCAUUAGAGAACAGUAGGCAAACGACAGAAAGGUCGAAACCAAUUUACAGAAAAGCAAGAGAGGAAAUGCGAGCAACCUGCACGGAUUCACAUUCUCGCUUUGAUUUGCUAUUGUUAAUAGGGUUUCUUACAUACACCAUCUGUUGAAGUCGACGAAAGUCGCACCGCGUAGCAGUUAUUGAUUUCAAAGUAGCCUAGAUUUCGAAAUAAAAGCAGGUGCCGCAUACGAAAAAUAUCUUCUGUGAAAUGAGUCAUGCCAUUCCGAAGCAAUUAAAAACAAUAAACAUGCUUUUUUGAUCAGCACAAAUUAAUGAUCUGAGAAUAAGGUUUUCGGUUUAAGCAUUCAAUUUCACUUUGACACUUUUUUCGAUUUUUUUAAAAAGUAUUCGAGUACCGGUACUCUACCGGUACUGAAAGCUUCAGUACCGUAGUACCGGUUCUCACCACAAAGGGUCGGUACUGCGAACCCUAGUGUCAAUGGUUGACAAGUUCGGAUGCAGCCCAAGAGCGAAUCUACAACUUAUCGAUAGUGGUAAAACUAGUUCUGGUCAAUCGCAGCUCUAGUCAAUGCGUCCGCCCAUUCAUUUUCAGUAAUACCCAUAAAAGGUAGAUAGCAUUUGAAAUGCUAAGUUCUUCAAAUUUAUUUCGACAUGUAUACUAAAUUUGAUCUCGAAUCUGACAAACUAAAAGCUUUUGUCUGAUUGUCAGGGUAACAAUAAAUUCUUUUGUCGCAAAUUACCCGUUGACGUGCCGAUUGUGCGCCACACAAACUCGCGAGGAUUUCUACUUUGAAAACGAUACAGUAUCUACCAAGCGAAUAAGAUUGGUUUAAUCUCAUUUCAUGACAAUAGACACCAGCAUCGGCUCGGUGCUCAGUAAAGGAGAUUUGUUUGCUGAUUUUCAAUGAAUUUUUUUCCGAGUCGCAGCAAUCAAACGUCACUUUUAGUGGGAUCUCAGCAAAAUAAUUGUUUACUGAGAUUUCGGCAAAAGAUGCGAAAAAAGCUGAGAUGCGACAGAAAAAAUUUAGUGUGUACGAAUUCCUCAAGAUGUCGCUUCAUCCAGCCAUAGAGCCAUUCCUCGCAAGGAGAAAUUCUAGCAUUGAAAGUUUUAAAAUUAAAACGAAUUCGAACCCUUUGCACAGACUAACAGACAUAACACUUAAAAACAAAGCUUCGUCCGCUUUAACAGUCAUUUUAAAUACAUUUGUAGUUGGGACUGUGGCCACAUUUGAAAUUAUGGCGCCACUGCCAUAUGAAGCAUACGGGGAAUAGACCACUAGUGAAAAAUUGCUCCCAAACCUGAGGGGUAACCUACCAGUAAAUGAGUGUUUGAGACCGUUUUUUGAGGGAAUUUCCUUAUAGUGUUAUGUCUGUUAGUCUGUGCCCUUUGCGUUAACAAGACCGAAACUCGUGACAGACCCACAGUUCAGGAAGUGGAAAAAUUAGUUAAAGAUAAAAUGGAGCUUAAUCUCGCUGAAGUUACGUACAUUCAGCUACAUCACGUAAAAAACUGUGUUUUGAUCACUUCAUUGCAAAGAACAAUAUGCAACACGAGGUCGAAUUUAAUAACACCAGAAUCAAGAUCCCCGUGCAUAUGGAAAACGACAUGGUGGUUGUGCGUAUUCAUGAUUUGGCCCCGCGCACUAGGGAAGAUUACAUCAAAUGAAUCAUGUCACAAUAUGGAGAAGUAGAAUUUAUUACGAAUGACACCUGGACCCGGUAUUCCCAACGGCGUUCGUAUUGUGAGGAUGCGAAUGACUAAACCAAUACCUUCUUACAUGACUAUCGAAUGCAAAUCACCGACGGAAUGCGUGACCUAUAAGCAAACAACGCUAAUCACAUAUACCGGGCAGACCCCAACAUGCCAAUUCUGUAAUCAUACAGCCCAUUACGGAAAAAUAUGCGCCGAAGCAACUAAUCAAAACUCAUCUACUACAGCCAACUCUAACAAGCUGCCACCGACGCUUACAGAUAAAUCAAAAACAACGAUCCAAUCAACCAAUAAUGCAGGUAUAACGACCACGACAGCCACUCCUAAAUCAACAACCAGCAUCGCCAACAAAGAAGCAAAUUCCGAUGAAGACGGAUUUACAACAGUGAUCCGUAAGAACAAGAAACAAAUCGUCGCUGUUGUGCUAUCUUAUGACAAGCGCCAUUUAGCACAUUUCGAGAAAAACGAUUUUUAAAGUUUGAGAUUGAAUAUCUUGAAACUUAUAAAUGGUAUAAACAAUCCAAAGAAGACAAUUGAUGCUUCUAUCUAUUCUGCAUUAAUCUCUCAAAUAUUACGAAGAUCAGUUGACUAUGUUGCGAGUUUUUACUAUGAAUGUAAACAAAAGUCGCACUCACACGUGUCAUAGGCGUGUAUUGAUGACAAAAUUUGUAUGACGUGUCAUAAUCGUGCAUGGAAAAUUUUCCAUAGAAAAAAACCAUCAAUUUUUAACUUUUAUUCAUAUCUUUGCGUUCGUAUGGUCUAUAAACAAUCGGUGAAAUGCAUUUUGAAGAAAAUGAGUCAGGGAAUCUAGAAAAAAUUGUCAUUUUUGAUUGCAGUGUUGCCAAAUAUGCUUUAUUUCCAGUUUAAAUCUAAAACUGUGUUUUUCUCACAACUCGUGUAAUUUCCUUUUGAAACUGUUUAUGCCAUUGCGUUCCUCAGACAUUUUCACACAUAAAAACAUCUAAAACUUCAAUAUAACUUGAGCAAAUCCCUAGAUACAGUGAUUUGACGCAAAAAACUCACAAUUUCUCAUCACGUUUCUCGCUAUAUCUAAGUAACCAAGUAGAAUUUCAAAAUUCUGAAAACGCCACUUUGUAGAGAAUUUUCAAACAAGUAAUGUGGCAUAUCUAACUCAGUUUACCCCAAAAUGGCGUUUGUCAUAAGAUAGCACAACAGCGACGAAAUAAGAACAUCUGAUCAUGAACAGCAAGAAAGCAGUACCGAUGAUGAUAUGGACGGAAACAAUAACGCGAGAGAAGGUAAACUGAAUGUCCCCCAGGCGGUUUCACCGCUAAGGAAAAGGAUCUCAACACGCAGCAGCAAACUGCGUCAACAAGAUCUGACAGAUAGACAUCCUUAAUUCUUUUUUAUUUUUACUUAUAUUGUAAAAACUUAAAAGAUCCACGGCUCAGUUGUGCUAACGCAUUGGACCGUGUCAAAUAAAGGCUGAAAUACCUUUUCUCGCCUCUGGUUACUCUUAGACCGAGAAACUGACAAAUUUCUGCCAAAGACGCCAACAAAAUUUUCUUUUCCAGUGAUCCUUUUGUCAGUCUGAUCUCCUCCUGAGACGGACUUGCCACAAUAAUUCAUCGACAUAAAUUAAGACAGAUCGGACAUUCACUGUAUGAAACCAACCUUCUUCAACAUCGUGCUGAUAGUCUCGUUGCACACCCGCGCCGCCUGCUUCAAACCAAAAAAAGACUACGCUCGCUCGAGUCAACAGACGAACUUCUCCUGUUCUGGAAGAAACCUUUAGGUUGGUGCAUGUAUCAACAGUUUUUACGGCAUUUAAUUAGCAAGGGACUGGAAGGUGAAGUAUAUUAUUCAAUAUUUAGAGGCAUAGUACUCAAGGGAGAGCAAGGUGUUGAAGGGAAAAAGUUUAGAAAAGCGUGGAAGGAUCAUACAUGCAAGCUUAGAACUCACCGACGACUUAACUUUUUGUCUGCUACCGUAGGAGUCAGGGUCUUUUGGCAUUCGAAAUGCGAAUCACCUGAGUCUACGGCAUGUCCGGACAAGCGUAAAGUAACUUGUUACUUCAUGCUGUCGAACCGACAAAGAAAAAAAAAUUGGUGCAUGUACACUUCUUGCUUGAGCUUUCUAUGCAGAUAAACACUCUUAACGUCCACAUGAUUAACAUGCAGUUUCAUCUGACCGGCAAUCGUUAGAAGAACACGCAACGUUGUCUGAGUUUGUACUGGAGCAAAAACGGCAUCAAAAUCGACCUCGAAUUUCUGAGAGAAUCCUUUUGGUACAAACCGGGCUUUGAAACGGCACAUCAUUAUUAAUUGUUGUACGACCUACAGGCAGUUCGAUAAGUUUCCAUGUUCUGUUAUCCAUCAGUGACUGGUAUUCCUCAUUGUCGGUCACAAUCUCAACUUCAACAAGUCAUUCCGCUGGAAGCAAUCCACCGGGAUUUUGCUAGCUCCUCCUGAAGCUCCGCUAAUGGAGCAUCGCGAAUAAUGAUAAUUUCAUCCGUAUUCGUGUCCAGGAAUCUAUAGACCUUUCUAUCAUUACAGUAAGCCACGGACAACACUGUACUGUCUAACUUCGACCGCUUGACGUCGGCGAUAUGAAUAAAUGCUGUACUACCGAACACCUACAAAUGGGUUAGUGUUGGUUUCUUACCAUUACACCUUUCAUAAGGUGUUCUAUCCACGCAAUGGCAAACUAUUUUGCAUGCACGCGGCAGUGUCCACGCCUCCCCCAGUACUUCUUAUCAAGCCCUGCAUCCAGCAGCAUACAAGUGACUAUCCCUUGGAGGGAGUACAGACACUUUAUAUAACAGACUAGCGGAGAGAAAAACAGUAAAACUAGCAACCAUGAAUGUAAACUGGCAUCACGGAAGCUCCCAUAAGCUUUGCAUGGGCUUCCUCUUGCACUUCCCCUCUCAAACCCCUCAUGCUCGUUUGGCUGCACUUUUUGACAGUCCGUUUGGCUGCAAAUUUUGACACUUCGCUAAUCUGUGUAUAAAGUGUCUGUAGGAGGGAGCGUUCUUUCGCUCGACCACUCCGUUCUGCUGCUGGAAGUAGGCCGCUGUAAACUGUGCCUAUAUGCCUUCCUGUUCAUAAAACUUUUUUUGUUCAAUGCCGGUAUAGUCACCUCCGCCAUCUGAUCAUAGCACAUGGAACCCUACCAAACAUGUUGUUGACGUGCGCAACAAAUCGCUUUAUAUUGCACAGUUCACACCAAAUCAAGCUGCACAGUGUGAAAAUGUGAUGAAUCGAAAGUGUAAUCGAAAGUGCAACUCCUUUAAACUGACAGACAUUUGAAAGUGUCAGAAACAGACUUCUUCUUACUUUUACUAUCUGGAAGGUUAGCAUGGCUGCCAGUCUCGCUGUUUUUAUAUUUGAUGGAAAGUCAUUUUUUUGUUGAUUUGGCAACCGUGAAAAAAGUGUGAUAGCGAAGUGCAAUAAAAAUACAACUUUCAAAGCCAUAAACAAUACAUCCAGUCGCAUCGGUUUUAUGUUUCAGUAAACACACGACGGUGUAUCUGCUAUGAUCGUCGAUGAUUGUCAUGAAAUACCAAGCACCUCCCGGCGUCACAUAUGACAUCGGCCAGCACAUAUCAGUCUGGAAACGUAGGAAAUGGAAUUCUAGCUGAUUUACCUUCAAAGCAAGGUUGACAAACCUGCCGGAUACCGCAACCCUGGUUUUGAGAUCAUCACUUAGCUCGUUCUUCCGGAUCUCAUCCAAUGGCGCUGGAUCCCGGUCGUCAAGCCGGCGAUGCCAGGUAUACUGGCAAUUCAUAAGAGGGAGAGCUUCACGAACAAAUUUUCACGCGAUUUUGCAAUAGCCUUGCGCAGACAAAAUACCCCAUCAUGAGCCACUGAACUCCACUUUCAGUCCUCUCUUCACCAGCUUGUUCACUAAUGCGAGUCAACUGGCACGUAUAAAACCUCAUUGAAUGCAAUGUCCACCAAAGAGCUCUCGCCGUUUAUACUAUUCACAGUGCCCUACCCCGAUUCCAUCGGACACUACUAAAACCCUCAGUUCCGGUAGUACCGGUAAAAUACCGGUACUCGAACUUUUUUUUCUAAGAUAGCAAAAAACACUCCAGAGUGAAAUUAGAUGUUCAAAAUCAUGAUUUCAUUAAUAAAGUUAACAAGUUUAGCAAGUAUUCAGAUCAACGAGAAUGCUUUGGAACAAUAUUUCACAUUUUACCAGUAGCAUUUUAGAGCAGCGCAGUUUUGUUCACUUUGGAUAGCUGGUAGAAACUAGAAAUAAGGAUUCUUUUUUCUACCACCUUUCGAGCACAAUUCAAUGCACAGUGGCCAAAUGCAACAGUAUCCCAGUCAAAAAGGGCAUGUUUCUGGCUAACGGAGGGCUAUUUGCCAGCUCGGAUGCGCUAAUUGCCCUUCAAUUUGCCAGCAAAUUGCUGGCAAUUAGGGGGCUAUUUCAAUUGCAACAUUUGGGCGAUUUGCCGCCGUCAUUUUUUGCUGCCCUACCCGCCCUUAAAAUCAUCCCCAAAUCGCCAACGGAACGCGCCAUUUUAUCGCCCUUAAUUGCCUAACAUGAAAAUUACAAAUAAUACUUAUUUUCGGAUUAAUUAUCUACUCACAUAAACUUAUCAGUACACUAGGUAAUCACCACCAAACUAUAGGAAGAAUCAAUGGUGAAAUUGAAACUUACAACAAUCUGACUUUCAUUAAGACUUUAGGUCAGAGAUCUUGUUCCACUAUACUUACACACGAUUCCACAAUUCCCCACAUUCGUUUGUUAAAUAAAGUGCACUAGAGAAACAAAAUACAAGCGAAAACACGCCAAUUGUUUAAAAAAAAAUUUUAAGCUUAAGACAAACAUGAACCGCCAUGUUUGGAAAACGCAAAAAAACAACCAAGUCCAUUUCAGCCGCCAGGAAAUUUGUCUAUAAUUAUUGAAAUUGCCGUUAAAUCGCAUUCGCAAAUUGCAUUUGUUCCUAGGGGCAAUUAGCACAGGCGAGUUGAGUCAAAUGUCAAACUGUUUAAAUCGCCUGACCAUGCUCAUCCGUAUUUUUUUUUUGAACGGGAUGGUAUGUCUGCUCCUCUCCUUUGAACAUCACGGCUCUUUCCUCUGCUCUUAUUGCCAGUUACUACCUUUCCCGCCCGUCAGCAAAUCGCAAAUUACGCCAUUCGAAACAAUUCAUGCGCCUUUCAAAUCCAAAGGUUAUAGGUACUAAAUCGGUGUUCGUUUCUGUAUAGAUAAAAUUACGUGACUAAGAAGACUAAUCUAAACAUUGUUUAUUUUGAUAAGAUAAAAUUUCCAAAAAAAAAAUCAUGUUUCCGUUAUUUUUUCUUCGUUGUAAAUCUUUUAAAAUUUAAUACAACGCCAUUGCAAUUAUUUUUGACCAAAUAGUUAAAAAUAAUCCUUUCAGUGCAACGUGAGUUAUUAACGUUAAACUUUUAAUACUACUUUUCUGGUCCAUAGUUUAAAUCGAACGAGUUUGAUCAUGGGUGAAAUUAAUACCCAUCAUAGAGCAAAACUGUGCUAUAAUGAUAGUUUCCAGUUCGUAAAUUACGAGCUUACAUCUACACGCUACAAAAUAAUGUAUUGCACGCGUAACAGUUCUCUUCCGUUCAAAUAGACCUUUCUCGUCAAAAAAUUUUAUAUGCUAGAAUGCUUCCUUUUUUAUCCCCGAUGCGUUACUGCAUAUUGCCGCGAUGAUUUGGUACCUCUAACUAUUGAAAAAAUCAAAAAUUAUGCGAGCUGCUCAUUUAACUCCAUAUUCUGAAUACCUAUCUUGCCUUGUGUCCCCGUAUUUUUACACCAUUUGGAUGAAUUUCCUGUGGGGAAUACUAAAACGAUGCCAGAUCUGCAUAUAUAUUACUAAAUAUGCGGAUUUUGCAGUUUCGCUGCAGAUUUUUGCAGAUUACGAGUAUUUAGCAGAACAAAGCCUAAGCCAGCUAAUUUUACCCAGCCUUCAACGUUUCUAAUCAUUGAAAAUAUCAACACACUACAUUUCUAUGUCAAAUUGAAUGAAGAUUUUUGCGGAAAUCUGCAGACUUUUAUAUUUUUACUGCAAGCUAUUGUUUAAAUAGACCUGGCAUCACUGAUGCUAAAAUAAUUCAUUCAUAUACCUGUCAAAAACAUAGAACACUGCACGAAAGUGUAUAACCUAACUAUUCUGACAGUUCAGAGAGUUUGUUUACAUGGACUUGCAAAAUUUUUGAUUCAACUUGGGUGAAUACUUUCGAUGCUCUUUGAAGAAAAUCAACUUAAGAAGGAUAAGGAUUGGAACAUUGGGAACCUGGUUCAAUCGAUGCUGGGGGGAAACCCCGUUGGCAUAUGCUGAAUCACAAGAUCAAGCUUUGGUUUAUAAAACGAUUGAUUUCUGGAUGAUGGAUAAGGAUUUGUACACAGUUGUUUGUUCGAUCAUGGGAUAAGUCCUAACAAUAUGACCCGAUUGAUAACUCAUUUUUAGAUGAAGUUUACCUGAACUUUAUAGGUAACAAGUUCAACAAUUUAUUAUUCGUGUUCAAGUUACAUUGAAGCAAAAAUUUCACCGAUUAUCGCAUUGUCGUUGAUGUAGCCGGCAAAUGCAAAACAGUGCUCAGUACUGACGAUAAGGAGUUUGAAGGAUUGAUAAGAAUGGAGAGGAUUGUACAUUCCGGAAGAAUAUUGGGAAGGUGAAAUUAUUUGUUAUAUUCCAUCCCGAGUUGGCAUCAUUAUGGCACCGCAAUAAAGCUAUCUGCAAUUGUUGUCUUGUUCAAAUUGGCAGGGAAUAAUUAGGCCGCGAAUGAUAAACUGCAUAGUCAAAACGUUUCUUGCUUAAAUAGAGUAAAUUUUAUUCACUUUUUCGGAAGGAUAAGUCAUUAGUAUGUUGUGGAUAUAAAUGUGUCGCCGGUGCCGUGUGUUAUGGUAGUGCCGCUCGGAAACUGUUGGUCAUCAGACCCUCCUUGUCGUACUGGUCAUAGAUGCGUCGAUUUUUCUCAUCUGACAGCACUUUAUAUGCUUUAGAGAUCUCCUUAAACCGUAAAUUCUUCUGGAUUUUUUAUCUGGGUGCCAUCGUAGCGCGUUUUUUGUGCGCCUUUUUGAUUUCCGUGUCGGUGGUGGUUCUGGUCACGACCGCUGCUAGCUUUCGAAAGAUAAUUCCUAGCAUGUACAACAAAAGUCGAAAUGCCAAAUUUAACGGAACAUGGCAUGAUGAUGACAAAUUACAACUGAGCGAGCUAGUUUACAAGAUGUUAAUAUUUAGCAUCGAACCGAACCAAGUUUCUCAUACUAUGAUCGAAUCAACAAAACAUUUCAAUACCAUGUAAAUAAACUCUCUGAACUGUCAAAUAGGUGAGGUUAAACAUUUUCAUGCAAUGCUCUACAGCGAGAGGUUCACUUUAUUUUGUUUACAAUGCCAAUGAAUUUUGUACCGCGACUCACUAGAGUUCCUAUAUAUAGAGUUAGGCGGACACAAAAGCCGGAAAACUGGCAGCUCUUAUUCCAGGAAGAAAACACUGGCAACCCAUGCCAAUGUUCAAGCUCUAGCUUAAUGAUUUCAUUGUCGUCGUGAGUAAGAACUUCACAUGUACGAAUGGAAAACCAAUUCGCAGAUCUGAUGAAAUGAUUUCAUACUUGUGCGAAUAUCUCUUUGUUAUUUAUUUUGUGUCAUUCUACCGAUUAGUCUGUCGUUUGACUCCCGUAGUUACAGGAUAGAUUUCUAGGCAUGACGAUAUUAGUAUACUCUUCAAAAUUUCAGCUCUAAAUCAGAUAAAAGUUUUGCAAGGUACCGAAAAUACCGGUACUUAUUUGUAUUCAGUACCGAUAUUUCGGUACCAAAAAUGGGUCGGUAUUCCAGGGAUUUUCGGUACCAGUACUACCGGUACCACAACCCAUACUGUCAUACUAUGUUUCUCUCAACGGGGCACACAAUUCAUAACUUUAGUAAGUCACAGAUUUGAAUUUCGACUUCGUCUCUUCAGUAACUAACAUCGUCUUGGCAGCCAGUUUUUGCUGUCAUUUGCGCUGGCCCGACAAAUCAUCGACUAGACUGUUUAAACUCAGUUAGUCUACCAAUGAUUUCAUCAUUUUCAUCCUCCUCUGCUAGCACAGAGUGCUGUUUUGAUUCGCUGAUUGGACCCUUUUUCAUUGGACUGCUUUUUAGUUGAACCUACACUAGUUGGACCAUUUUACAACUAAAAAUACCUGAGUGUCAAAAUCUCAUUGAAAUAACUUCAACAACAAUCAAACUAAGAAGAGUCUUCACGCCACCUAGCAUUGACCCAUGAUAUUCUCUUUGACUAGUUACAUCAAACCCAUAACAGCGCUAAUGUUACUAAAAGAAAACCUUGUUCAAUAUUUUGGACAAAGGGCCCCUGUCAAGCCGAGCUGAGCUGCAUAAUAUUUUCCAAGGAUUUUCCAUGCAAAAGUUCAUAAUUCGAUAAUUUGCCAUUAACAAAGAAAGUAAUAUUUAUCUUUUUUUACUGAUUCCCAUAAAUAAGAGCAAUUGGUACAAUAUUUAUCUUAUAUCUAGAUAUUUAUCAUGUAUCGAAGUACCGUAAAAAGCAUCUAAUUUCAAAGUUUUCAUCGGUUACGUAAAGCGUGAAGCUAAAAAUUCUAUCGAACGCAAUAAAAAUCUACCUCUGACAUCAACGUAACAGAGGUGGACUUUGAUUUUGCUCGAAAGGUUGACACGGCUUCUCGCACAGUUUAUACAGAACUGAUAAGCACCGAGUGAAGCUAAAAUAAGUCAACUAAUCGAGCACAAUGAGAACUGUUGUCCACCCCCUGGUGCUCCUGUAUCAAAGCAGCAUUCUUAUUGUGCUCAAAUGGUUCACUUAUUUUGGCUUCACCCUUUGUGUCACUCUUUGCGUAUAUUUAUACUCUAAACACCCGUUGAAAACAACUCAAAAGUGAGUGACCACGACCACACAAUUUCCAUAAAAAGUGCACGUCACCAAAAAGUAGGUCUUGCUCGAUUACUCAGUUUUAAGUUUGGGAUGAAAAUAUCAAAAUUGAGUACUCUUUACUCUAUGACCAGAUAGAAAAAUUAACCGUUCCUUAUUUCUAAUAUACAAUAGUAACAAACAAUUUCACUAGUAUUUAAAAAUCCAAUUACUUGACUCUCUCUGUUAAUGCAUUGCCCAGAAAUCUAUUCCGGGAUCCUUUUUCCAACUUAAUUUCCUGUGAAUCGGAUCUCGUGGUAAUGAAGCUACAAAUUGAAGAACGUUAUUUUAAAACAGCAGUACCUGCAGGAACUUACCUUUUUGUUUUAUGAAUAUCUCUUCGUCGAUUCUUUUAUACAUGUUUUCCAACCUUUUAUCGACAUUCUUUUUCGUGCACAUGUAAGUUUUUUCACUCAAAUGCUUGCUAGUUGAAAGGUUCAUUCUACUGAAAUCGAUACUCAUUUUUGACAGAUAGCUUGUUUUUUUUUAAAUUGAUUAGUGGGAACUCAAAUUUUGAGUAGGUUUGAAUGUUUAUUUCUCUCACACUGAAAAUAGGAAAUGGACACGUAACCGCUCUUUGGAGCCUGGCUAAAAUAUUUCAAUGUAGCAUUUUGUUACGAUUCGUAAUACUUUCAUUACCGGGACAUUUUUUAUUGAAAAUCACCUCCAGUUCACUUGAAACCGCAACGAGUUCUCCUGCUACUGAUAGUUCGUACCACUGUCCAGUCCAUACAAGAGGAACAAUUUACCAAUAGUUUUGUUGACUGUUGGCGUCUAGACAAUUCGCGGAACGCAAAAAAACUGUAACGAAAACAAUAUAGCGCGUACUGCAUACAAGUAAACAUUUAGAGUAAAAUAAUGUAAUUUUGAUGCACUGCCAAAAUGGUUUUUAAACGAUACUAACGUAUAGAGAUAAACAUAACUAAACAAAAAAAGGAAUCAAUACAUUAUACAUUGAAUAUAAUUCAAACAACUUGCAAGUAUGCCAGUAAAUCAAUACACGAACACAGAAAAAUGUAAAAUCGUUGACUAAUUGCAAAAAGAGAUGAUGAUAACUCCACUCACAAAAUAUAACUAAAAAGAGCGAAUGGAGUAUAAAAUAUGUAUAUCGAAAAUGUUAGACCCCUUUAUUUCCAUACAUACACCAACACACCUAAAUCGAUUCCAGAAACUGCAAACGAAUUCAAAUUUUGUUUGAUCUUUUAUUUUAAUACUAAAAACAAUAACGAACCAACAGACUGUCAGAACAUAAUGGUAGAGGUGACGUCUUCAUAUCCGCUCACCACUGCCAAAGAACAGGCUCAAACCAAAAGCAAAUCAAAUAAACCAACGGAGAACGAUCGGAAAAUACCUAAACGAACCGAAGAACCUUGGACUCGUUGUGAAAGAGACGUCAUCUUGAAAAUGAAGUUAAUUUUCCAGGAAAACAUAAAGGAACAAUAGACGAUUGAAUUAAAUCGAACUCUUCCCAUGCAGUUUCUGGACUAAUUGGCGCACUGAUUUUAGUCAAACGAAAGUAUAUAAACAUUUUCGUUAGGUUUUCUAAAAUUUGAGACUUCUUGUCCCCGGAAGCGGGAACACUGUGAAGCUCAUACGAGUUCGAACAAUACGAGUGUCAGUAACCAACAAAAUAAAAAAAAAGAAAACAAAACCCAGAAUGAGAAUAGUAAGCGAAAUUUAACAAAUACUCUGAACCGAGACAAGGUUAUGUACAAUUCGUAAGAACAUUUAUGAAGAACUUUACUCAUUAGUUAAAAGUCGAAACACAAUAAAAAGUACAUCACACAAGUAAAAUAUUGCAAGGAAAUAAUCAGUCAACAAACUAAGAAAAACAAACACACGUUCACUCACACGUUAAUCAAAUCGAUAUACAGUUUUUUUUACUUUGUUAAAAUCGAAAUCGUAAAACAAUAACUCAGAAAACGGAAUGAAUGACAAAAAAUAGGAAAACAACCAAGCCAGAGUAUUCCUACCUCGCUUUGCCCAAAUGUUCAACACACCCGCGAAGGUCGAGUACUCAGUCAGGGGUCACGACUUUGAUAAUCACUUUUGCGGGUGUCUUAUGAAUCAGAUUAGGCUGUCAGAGAUAUUCUGCAAACAAAGUAACCGAUAUAUGCGCUUUCAAACAUAACAGAUCAUAGAAGAAGAACAAAAAAAACAUCACCCAACAACACGCUCAAAAACCCAUUCAAGCAAGCAGAGCACAGCUAUUUGAUGCAGUCAAAGAACAUAGAAUAGUGAAUUGUAAAAUAAAACAAAAAACACAAUUGGCACUCAUCCGAGCAGGCGUUGAGUGUUGAAGACAGAAUUCUAAAUGUAAAUAGACGUGACGAAGCGACAGUCGGACGGAAUCCGAAUCGAUACCGUUGGAGAAAAAAAACCGAACGGUGGGGAGGGCAAACCAGAAAUUACAAUUACCAAUCUAUGAUUAACGAGCAAGCAAAUAUUACUUAACAAUUAUUAACGAAACAAAACUCCUGUAUUCGUAAGAAAACGGUGGUUGAGAGAGAGGGGAAGAUGCACCCACAACUGAGAAAUAAAUAGUAGAGAAAAUAAUGCGGAGAAGAAAAAACUAUUAUUAUUAUGAUUACGAUUAUUGAUUAUUAAGUAAAAAUGACAUAACGGAAAAAAUCAGAAAAAAAAUCGAAACCGAAAGGAGAUGUUUAUUACCUAAUUUAAUAUAACAAGGUAAAUGAAAGAAUGAAUAAAACAGUGGAAAAAUGA